AUGACCUUGAAAUCGCUGCUGCUGGCGUACGUCGUCGGCGGUCUGACCUUCAUCCCCCUGCUCGCCCUCAUCCUUGGCGCCUUCACAUACGUUGCAUUCACCAAGCCCGUUGCUCCUGUAUCGACUGCCACGCCCACCGAUCAUGUAGAAUCGACAAGUACUGCGAACACAACAGAUGACCUCGGUGACAAGAGCAAGGAAAAUGACAGUGAACUCGACACGGCGGCUGCUUACUUUGCCGUCUGCAGAGAGUAUGUUCCUGGUGGAGUCAAUGGCAAGCCCCCAGAGCGCUCGACUCCGGCUGGUGAAGUCCUCAUAGCAGAGAGUCCGAGUGUCUACCAAAGCAUGUACAGAAGCAUCUUUGAGCGAGGCAAGACUUCGAUUCCAACUAUCGAGGGCGACAAACGCGACGGCAAGGCCGUCAAGAAAGCCCGCAAUGUCUUCUACGUUGUCUUGAGGCACGGCCAUCUCAUGCUUUACGACGACUCGGAGCAGGUUGAAGUGCGACACGUUAUUUCUCUUGCCUAUCACGAUAUCGAUGUAUAUGCUGGUGGAGAGCCCGUACCCGAAGGAGAUCUGUGGAUCAAGCGCAACUGCAUCCGCCUGACCAGAAAACCUCUAGCCGGCGAGCACGCUCCUUCAUCCAAGCCUUUCCACUUCUUCUCUGACAACUGCUCCGAGAAGGAAGACUUUUAUCAUGCCUUGCUACAUACCCAGUCUUCCAUCAUCAAUACUGAUCCGCCUCCGUUGCCUCAGAAAUUUGAAACUCCAGACAUCAUCAAACUCGUACAGAACUUACACUCGUCUGAUGCUGACGCACAUUCGCGCUGGAUCAACGGUAUCGUCGGCCGUAUCUUCCUUGCCAUGUACAAGACUAAAGACAUCGAAAACUUCAUUCGUGCCAAGAUCAACAAGAAGAUCUCACGCGUACCAAAGCCAAACUUGAUUGCUUCCAUCGACAUCAUGGAUAUCGACAUGGGCGACAGUGCCCCAAUUAUCAGCAAUCCCAGAUUGAAGGAGCUUACAGUCAAUGGUGAUAUGACAAUUGAGCUAGACGUAAAGUACAAUGGGGGUUUCAAAAUCGAGAUGGGAGCGGUUGCACGGAUCGACCUCGGAACCCGCUUCAAGGCUCGUGAAGUCAGCUUGAUCAUGGCAGGCGAGCUGAAGAAACUCAACGGUCACCUCUUGAUUCGUAUCAAGCCUCCACCGAGUAACCGUAUCUGGAUGACUUUCGAGACCAUGCCACAAGUCGAGAUGAGCAUUCAACCCAUUGUCAGCAGCAGGCAGAUCACCUAUGGUGUCAUUCUACGCGCGAUUGAGAGCAGAAUCCGAGAAGUUAUCGGGGAGACGAUCGUCCUUCCGAACUGGGACGACAGCCCAUUCCUCGACACUUCGAAGAAAGAGUACAGAGGUGGCAUAUUCGAGCCUUCGCCUUCAGACGAAGAGCCUAAUGGUAUUGAGAAGGCUGCACAGGCAGAUUCCGGCUUGGUUGAAGCUGCAGCGCAUGAACUCGCCAAUAGCGCUGGUGAUGGAGACUCGGAGGACAUUGUCAUUCCUACUCUUGCCGAGACUGGUGCGAAGACUUUGAGUAUGCCUAGCCUUCUGGAGCCAGUGCAGAAACUUAACUUCCGAAAAAACGCAAGACGGUCCGCGACUUCUCUUCUGGGAGAGAGUUCAGAGAGCCCAAUUGGCGCAUCGACCAGUGCAACUGCUGUAGCCUCACCAGCUCAAACACCAUCUUCGCCACCACUUCGUCCACGCACACCACCUGGUAAGCCUCGUACUAUGCGCCAAAACUCAUUUUCUGCCGCAGCGACGCCCUUGGUUAGCACUGAGGGAUCGAAUAUCGAGGCAGUGAGGUCACACACGAAGAAAAAGGGGCAGAAGGAUGCAGUCGAGAUGGUAAAAGAAGUCAACUCGAAAGCACAAUCGACAGCUACAUCUCCACGGGUACUGCGCGAACCGGAGAACGUCCUGCCCAUUGACUCUGAAACUUUCUCGACUCUGGCAACGCAAGAUGAAGAAGGAGAAGAUCUACCCGAUCCUUCAAUCCUCCGUCGGAGCUCUGAGCCUCUAGAACAACAUGCAACGAAACAACAGGCUGAACCUCAGGCACCUGCUACUGCAGAUGAUCUGUCGACGACCCCGAGAUCACCAUCGGUGAAAUCCUUAGAUACCACGGCUUCAUCAGGUUCGACUCCAUCUCAUCUCAGUACGGCUGCCAAUGCGGCGAAGAAAUGGGGUUGGCAAGUCCUCAACAGACAAAAUGGAUCUUCGGCGUCGACAUCAGGAAAUUCCUUUGGCUUGGGUAAAAGAUUUUCAGUAUCGUCGGCCAAUACUGGAUCAUCUUCAGUGUCAUUGCCAUCUCAGCCGCCCAAUCCGGCUGCUCUAAAGGCGGCACUGUUGGCUCAGCCAAUGGGUCGUGGAAUGCCUUUGCCACCACCCGGUACUCCUCUACCUGGGCCUCAGAAAAGUCUUUGGGCAUCGUCAGGUUUGAACCUACCAAGCCUCAAACGUAAGCCUGUAGGAUCACAGUCAGCUUCUCCUCAGCCAAGUAAGAUGGUUGAGAAGGUUGACCAUAUUGAUGAACAAGCUCGACAUCCACCACCAUUGCCUGCGAGGCCUAGACCUACGAGCAGAGAAGUUUUUCAACCGUCGAUACCAUCUACUCGAUCAGAGCAACAAGUGGCUGGAGAUCCCGACUUGUUCGUCGUCGCUGCACCUGUAGAGGACGAUAGUAUGCCCAACACACCGACAGUCGAAAUAGAUCACGGCGUGCCCACAAGUGCAGAGGAAGCUCAGAUAGCUCCACAUAACGAAAGCUUGCCGAAAGAAUCAGAUCCAGACACCGAGCGGCCAACCACUGAGCAGACAGUCACUCAUGAGCUAGAGCCCGAGCAGGCAGCGGUACAAGAGCUGGCAUUCGACCCACAGCACAACCACACUCAGACGGUUUCUGAGACUACAGAAGCAACAAACCAUGACGAAAGACACGAUACAGAAGACGGAGAAAUCAGCGACUCGCUCGAAGCAGCCGAUGUGGCAGGAGAAAUGCGCUGA